GAAAAAUAUUUUAAAAAAUAAAAUAACAUGAAACAUGGAAGAAUAUCAUCUUGUUAACAGACUGCAAAGCUUUGUACAAGCUAUACUCUUUUUUCAAUCUAUUCUUAAAAAUAUCAUUAGGUUUUUCCUGUGUGGAAAUAAAAACAAUGUUCACAUUUUCAAUCAAAAUAUCAAUUUCACUUCGAUUAUAAUCUCAUUUUUCAGAAAAGUAGCUUCUCGAGCUUCUGUUGGUCACACUGUUUUACGCCUGCGCAGUGCACACAUCCUAUGACACAGCUGAGAGAUUUUAUACUUCUUUUUCUAGGUUAGCUUGUUUGUGUUUUGCAACAAAAUUUCGAUUUCGAAAAAUCGAAAUAGAAUUUCGAUUUGUAGCAGUUUUUCUUUUAUUAUUUUUCAAUGUUUGUAAUUCAAGUCUAAAGUUUAAUAGAUAAGUGUAAAAUUUGACAAUCAGAUGGAUAGUCUAAAUAUUUUCCAAACUAUGAGUGUUCAUAGUGAUAAUCAAGUUUAAGGAAUGAUUUUUGGAUAACUACGCCAAAGUGAAGUUCUUGUGAUAGUGAAGUGAAAAAGGCUAAUAUUCGUGUAUAUUUAUUUAAAAAUGAGUGUCGGUAGGGGUCGUAAAAUGAAUGUGGCGUUUAUAAAGCCUGAAGAACCAAACUUUAUUAAACGUAUGAAAGAGCAAGCAGGUUAUGUUGAAGGUCCAACUGUUGACACAAAGAGAGAAGCACUGCCAAACCUGGAUGAUGACGACCUCCAGGAUCGUGACGAGGAUAAACCAGUUGUUGUAGUGCUGAAACCCGGCGACUUGUCUGAGGAAGAGGCAUCUAGAUUACAAAAAGAAAAGGACGAGGAGAGCGGCCCGGCACGCCUAGGAGACCGCAUCGUGUUUCGGAAGCCAACCAAAGAGAAAGCCCCCACAGAGGAGACGGCAGACCCCCGACAAGACGGCAAGAAACGAUCUUCGGACAGUGACAAGUCCAAAGUCAAAAAGCACAAGUCUUCCAAGCAGAAGACUGCACCUUGUCUAUCGUUUGAUGCCGAUGAAGAGAGCUGAAAGUGACCGGCUGAAGUUAUGGUGAGAAACCUCAUUGGUCGGCAACUGAAGAUCAAAUGGAUGAGAAACUGAUAUUGUACGACAACGAGUGUAUUUGCUGGUUCCUCCUGGAAUUACUGAAAUGGAAACUAUUGAAUUGAUCCUUCACGUUGAAGAGUGAUUAUCACUUGUCAGUACCUAAUUCGUGUGAUUUUGCACUCGUUACGUUGUGGAGAAAUGUACAAACGUGGCGUGUUUCUUAUUACGUGAUUUUAACAAAAUGUUUUAUACUAUAUUAGUAUUUAUUAAUAUUAUUAAAACAUAAAACUAUUCAAAAA